AUGAAUCCACCAAUGGGUUACCCACGCCCUAUUAACAGGGUACCCCCUCCCCAGUUCUUAACACACUUCCAUGCCAUGGAGGAGAAUUGGCAUAUGACAGAAGAGCUCAUGGCAGAGAUUGAGCGAGCGGACUAUGCACAAGCCCUGAGCCAGCAGCCGCCCGUGCCUGGAAUGUCUGGCGUUGCCUACGCCGGCGGCGCAGCGAGCGGCGCCGUGUAUGUCCGCGAGGUGCCUUCACCUCUCAAAGACCCUGUCGGCGAUCGCGUCCGCGCGAACGAACGAGCGAGUCCAAAGGAUGCAGAUGGUCAAGGGAGCGGUGGUGUCCAGCGCUCCCGCUCCAUGCGCGUUGUUGAACGCGAGAAGGAAGUCCAACAGAGCGAUAGUGCUCGUGCGCGUGAGCGCUCACUCCCGUCGAGUCAGACUGGGUCUCCGUCCUACUCACCCUUGGGACACCCCCAGCAGCGUGUGCCCUCUCCUGAGCGCGCUUCUCCCUCUUACCACACGCCUAAUGGCUCGUCCGGUGGUGAGAGCGUGACUGCAGUGGACGUCGAUUAUGUUUCGUAUAAGCGGGACUCGUAUCAAUCUAAUUCAAGCUCCUCUCAUAGGCUACCCAGUCCCCCGCCCACAGCGCGGAAAGCCAAUGCUGCGGACAAUGCCCGCGUGACACCACCUGCAGUCAGCAAGCUAGCCAGCAACACACCACCCCUGCAGGCCAUGAAGACCCGAACUCCUGACAAGUCACUUCCUGUCCAAGAAGAACCAGAAGACGAUAUCGCAGCCUCUAAGAACGGCGAUAGCUAUAAUCACGUGAAUGGCUACCACGAUGAUGAUGACACUCUCAUCGAAAACGACAAUGAAUUCCCCGUCGACGGAGACCACGACGGAGAACCAGAAUCAUAUACCCCACGCUCACCUACUGCCAGCUUACCCGAACCUUAUAGGCAAUACUCCCCGCAGCAACCCGCAAAUCAGCGCCUCGCCAGUCUUACAAAGCACCACCGCAAUGGCAGCACAGACCGACUAGGCCUCCGCAGCUUCGACGCUGCAGUCUUUGAAAAGCCUCCCGUCAGACCUACUGAGGAGCGCCGUGAGUCGCCUGCACUUCCGGUGAGGCUGACGACUGAGCAGGUUGACUCUGUACCAGAGCAUGAUCUGCGGCACCAACACAGCCGCACGUUUUCUGACACUCGUGGUGCAGAACAGCAACUACACCAGCACCAGCACCAGAGCAAUGGACGGCCGCACCCAUUGCAAAAUCAAGUCUACUCGGAUGAUCAAAAUCAUGAUGAUGCUGCAGCUGCCUAUAUAUCGCAUUACUUCCAGUCUCCUCGUCCAGUCGCGCCCAUACCGCCUACGCCUCACAGCCAGACUGCUGCUCCGUCACCGUUGAUAUCCAGCAUGCAAGCUAGCCCAGCACCACCAGUAGGCUCGCCCUAUCCUUACCCGUUCUCGCACGUUCGGCGCAACAACACCUAUUCUGCAUAUCCCAUCCACACAGCGCCUUCUUCUAACUAUGACCCCAAUCAUCCAUCGGUGAUCGAAGAACAACUUGCCCUCCAGAUGCAGAUGUACGCCCUGAACAACCACGCAGCAUUAUCGGACUCCACGUUCUCGCCAUCGUCAACGCCUUUCCCCGGCCCUGGAUACAACCCAUGGACGUACCUGCAGGCGUCCCGUGCAUUCGGAGGCGUACGGCCACGUUUCGACUCCACCGCAACGAUGAGUAUCCAGUCAAGCCCGAGCCAUCAACCAGUCAGCCUUCCGUUCCCGACGGGCAGAGGUCGUGGGAUCAAGCGGCGUCAGACAUCCAAUGAUCUACGAAUCCAGAGCACGAAGCGGAAGAUCAAGCCACCGCCUCGUGUGGACAGCACCCAGCCGCGGGAUACAAGCCCCGAGCCAUACUCGUCUGGCGAGGAGACCGCUGGUGAGGAGCGGUUUGAGGUGGCUGAGGAGGGGAACUGGGUGAAUGGGACGGUGCCUGAUGAUGGCGCUGAGUGGGUUGAUGAGGACGAGGAUGAUAAGGAUGAUUUGUUAGACUUGGAGUAUCAUCCGAACUACGUCAACAACAUAGAAAAGAGACGGAGGAGAUGGGAUACACGGUGGGAAGCUUUGCAGCAGGCGUUCCAAGCGCUUGAUUGCGAGACGGAUACGACCAUGGUCCUCCUUGCUGCACCCUCGCAUUCUACAAAACUGCAUGCACUGACAUCACGUUCGAUCCGUCGCGAAAUAGGGACGCAGUCCCCUGGAAUACUCAACAUACGAAACUCUUUCCGCGGCAUCGCUGCCCGUAGACGAGCAUCCCGCGCCAAGGGCAUAACACUCGUCGACAGACUCCUCAACUCUGCUUCUUCGGGAGAUGGUUCCGACGGCAGCUCAGAGUCGCGAGAAGGAGACCUCAAGCGCGCACUCGAGACCGCACUCGGCAGCCUCGGUGCCCUUCGCUCGAUAUACGACAACCGCGUCGCACGCUGGGAGGACGAAAUGGGGCGCAUCAGCGACGAGCGGGAGCGCGUUGAAAUGCUACUCCGCCAGACUCUGGGUGUCAGUUUGCAAAACGGCGAUGGCCUUCCAUCUGACGGGUAA